AUGAAUCGGACGGAAUAUAACAGCGAUUAUACCUCGCGUUAUGUCCGACACCUCUCAACACAUUGCAUAAUCCCUGUGCGCGACCCAAAUGACUGCAAAUGUGGUCCAAAUCUAUCCGUUGACUCACAGAUACGUCCCGAAGACCUGACAAACACUCGACAAUUAGACAGGAGAGACAGAAGUGUCGCUAUAUUUCUCCAAAUCCUGAAGCGUUUGAAACGGAAAGCAUUGAAUUACAUGUUUGAGUUCAUAAACAACCGGUUCGUUGACGUCCACACCAAUUGGUUUGCCACUGAAGACCUCAUCGAUCAGAUCAGACCAGUAUUGGAGUCUGAUUUGGGCCAAGAUCUCAAAUUAAAUGUAUUUCACAACAAAUUGAGCCCUUUUUUAAGGAGAAGACAACCGGAAACACAGAUAUCGAGUCUAUUAUCGCUGACCACCUCUUCUUGCGGUCCAAUUGAGUCCACUAUUAAACACAAAUUACAGACAAAACUAAAGUUUGGAAACACAUUAAAUAAGAGAGAAAUCACUUCGAGUGCUGUCUUAGAGGCGAAUGACUGCACGAAAGGCCGUAAGAGUGUGGGAGUGUUGGGCGGCGGGGCGUGGGGUACAGCCAUCGCUGACCUCAUUGGCCGCAAUGUCACCAAACAUAAGCACUUGUUUCACGAAGAAGUGCUCUUUUAUGUGAGAGACGAGAGCUUACGGCUAAUCAUUGAGAAGACGCGACAGAAUAUCCGCUAUUUGAGUGCCAUUAAACUGCCACUCAAU